CAGGUUCAUGUGCAGCACAGGUGGAUUUCUGGUUCUAUACUCAACACACACUUACACGCACACUGUGGUCACACCGAGAGCACAAAGUUAUUAUGUGAUCCUGAAUCUGAAGAGUUUCGUGGGCAGUAACCGGACUUUAAUGCUGGAUGGUGCAGUGACCGGAGGGGAUGGAAGCAUGAUGAUGUGCUGGUGUGUUGGGGGGAUCGUCGUGUUUUCGAGGUGCAGAUCGGGGCUUGUGGAGGUGUGUUAGAUCUUAUUAUAUGUAUUGUUUUUAAAUCUAAAAUCACGUUGUAAUGGCUGAUGAGCAAGAGCAACAAGCAGGACAGCAACACCAGUCCCAGAUCUGCAGGUCCACCACCACAGGGUCUGGACCUUCUCUGGGAUCGAGUGGAUUACAGGGCACUGAAACGAGUGCUUUACAGCUAAAAAUAAAGAACUCAAUCUGCAAAUCUGUGCAGUCUAAAGUGGACAGCAUUUUGCAAGAUGUGGACAGUUUUACAGACAUCGAAAAGCUUUACCUCUACCUCAGGUUGCCCUCUGGCCCCAGCACCAGCACCGACAAAAUUGAGCAGAGCUGUGUCCUCUCAAGCCGCACGCAGCAGAUGCACGCCUUCAGCUGGAUUAGGAAUCACUUAGAGGAGCACCCCGAAACAUCUCUGCCCAAACAGGAGGUCUAUGAUGAGUAUAAGAGCUACUGUGACAAUCUGGGCUACCACGCUCUGAGCGCUGCCGAUUUCGGAAAGAUCAUGAAGAACGUGUUUCCCAACAUGAAGGCGCGCCGACUCGGCACGAGAGGCAAAUCCAAAUAUUGCUAUAGUGGCCUGAGGAAGAAGCCAUUUAUUCAUAUGCCCUCUCUUCCAAAUCUGGAUGUACACAAACCAGGAGAUGGGUGUGAGGGGUUUGAGUCCGGUAGCCAGAACUCCGGUGGGGAGGACGAGGUUCGCUUUGCGGCGUGUGACCUGGUGUGUGAGUGGGCUCAGAAGGUGCUGAGUCGACAGUUCGACAGCGUGGAGGAUCUGGCCCGCUUCUUGCUUAACAGCCACUAUAUCAGCACCAAGUCUGUAGCUGCUCUCACAGUGAUGACAGGAUCUCCAACAGGUCCCGCGAUGUCAGCGCAGUCGUCCGCCUUCGUGCCCACGACCGACGCCCACUCGUUCCAGCCUCAGGUAAAAACGCUGGCGUCCCCGUCCAUCGACGCCAAGCAGCAGCUGCAAAGAAAGAUCCAGAAGAGGCAGCAGGAACAGAAACUUUACUCCCCGCUUCCUGCUGAGGCCCGGAUCAAAAGAGCAGACGGGGGCGCGACUCCUAGUGCCAGCGCAGGGAUGCCGUGCGGGAGCCCCGCCCUGCUUUCGCCGCAGCCGACCAUCGGUAUUGUGGUGGCUGCGGUUCCGAGUCCUGUUACGGUUCAGAGAAGCAGGCAGUUGAUGUCGCCAAGCCCAGUUGCCAUAGCAACAGCAGAAAACAAGGUCCUUCCGGUCAAUUUUCAAGUGGUCACACAGACGGUGCAGCCUUUAAACCGGUGUCCCAAAACCCCCCAGAACGUCCCCGCGAGUCCGGUCAGCGAUCGCCCCGCCCGCCAAAGAUAUGCCCAAAUCCUGCCCAAACCGGCCACAACCAGUGCAAUCACACUACGCUCACCCACUGCACUCCUGAUCACCAAAAGCUCCAUCAAAACUGUCAUGCCAACGCCCACCGACGGUGCCCUCAACGCUGUCAAGACGACCCCCGUAUCUCUGGGACCCGGCAAUACCGCUCUGAGCACCAGCAACACAGCCAGGCCCGCCUCUGCCGGAAUCACCAGGCUUACCGAUGACCUUCGGCCUGUACCACGGCCCCGCAGUGGAUCCGUCGCUGCAAUGCCGUCCACACCGUCCAGGCCGGGAACGACAGCAGCGACAGCACAGGACGCUAGCGAGGCUGGAGAGACCCAACACCAGGAUGACACUACUACUCAGGAAGGUGGAGGGAGUAACCAGGUAGAUGGGGCGCUCAAACCCAGAGCAGCUAGUGUGCCUACACCUCUGUCUAAAGGAUCGGCCAUGCAAUCAGGGACCAGAUUUAACAAGAAGAUGCUCCCUGAUGGAUUUGACGCAGCCACACAAAGCUUCUACCAAGCCAGACCCAGUAAGACCACCAGCAGUGCUCUUGUCGUGACACCCAGGGACGCAGAAUUGACCUCUACAAGCCCUCGUAAAAGAGAAUGCUUAUACCCGGAUUCAAGUCUGACUCCUGUCAAGAAGGUUUUCAUUUCUGAGGAAGGCGAGGGUGCAAAAUUAACUAUGGGAGACCCAGUGAGGAACAGUCCCAGGACCAGCGUUUCCAUCCGACCGGACAGUGCACCUGCCUCAGUUGCGAAUAAAGUCAAGCUCAGUGUUCCCGCCGACGUUCUUGCAUCCUCAGAGUGUCCAGUUGGCAGCAAUGCCUUCCAGACAGUCAGCAGGCCGCAGGGCGUCUCUCGGGGCCAAUGGGAAAGACCUUCAUCCUGUCUGAAAACUCUUCCCUCUUGUGCUACAGCUGUAAAUCCCGCCAGGAAUACCAGCUUCCAGAGCUUCAGCAGGCCACGCAGUGUUUCCCAAGGCCAAUGGGAAGGGUCUUCCUUCGGUAUGCAAAGCAAGCCGAUAGCCACCCGUACCGCCAGUGCGCCCGGUCAGGCCUUGCUCCAUCCAGCCAUGCGGGUCGGUCUGGAGGAGCCGAACCCGUUCGCAGCUCCAGAACUGCAGGAGGUGCUCUGGGAUACCGAGCAACCGAUCCCUUCUCAGCACGGGACACUGAGAAACGAGCCCAUCUCGACACCACUCAUGGACCCCCUGGGUAUGGCACAAGUUUCGGUUCCAGACCUGGUGGGAAACGUUUCAUCCCAGGUUCAGGCGGGAUACUUUCCAUUUAACGACGACGACAUGACUCAGGACAGUAUUGUUGAAGAACUAGUUCAGAUGGAAGAGCAGAUGAGCCGUUCCAUGCAAGGGUUCAGUAGCUGUAGGAAUUUGCCACCGCAGAGUCACCAAGCCGCCUUGCACAACAACAACAACGUUAUUCCGAGUCACCAGGCUCGGACCUCUUAUCACGGUUCUGCCCACAGCAGCACGCCUAUCCACACGACCGAGAUGUUAGGAGGAGGUCUCGGACUGCCCAGCGACAGUCCUUGUUUACAGUUUGCCCCCACCACCCCGGUGGACAGUGCUCUUGGAAGCAGCUGCCAGACGCCCAUCGGGACCCCUCACUCCAACUGCAGUAGUGGCGUCCCACCCAGUCCUGUUGAGUGCAGAAACCCGUUCGCGUUCACCCCGAUCAACUCCAGCAUCACGAGUUACCAUGACGGCAGCAUCGUCUCUUCCAGUCCGGUCAAGCCCAUGCAAAGGCCGAUGGCCACCCACCCGGACAAAGCUAAGCUGGAAUGGAUGAAUAACAGCUACAACACCACCAGCAGCAAUUCCAACACUGGAAUUAGCAUUUUGCCCAACUAUCAGAACCUGGUAGACGACCAGUUCAGGAAGCCUCACGCCUUCGCCAUUCCUGGUCAGACUUACCAAUCACCGGUCAGACCCCAUGACAUGCACAACCGCCGUUUGACACCUAUCUCUCCGGUCCAGCAGCAGGUAGCUAGCAUGGCUAACCUCAAUAAACAGGAAGGAUUUGCUGUCCCGGCGCCACUCGAUAACAAAUCUGGAACCUUCCGCUGUCGCAGCGUGAGCCCAGCGGUCAGGCAGUGCAACUCCAGCGGGACCCCGAAUCCCAACGUCCCGCGUUAUCUGACCUCGCCUUUCAACUCACCGGUGACACCUGAAGUGCUAAAUAUCUUUGCUAACAGUCAGCCAGACUCUAGUGUUACCAGCAUGGCUCAGAGGAGUCAGUCUGUCCCUCUCAAUGUGAUGAUGCAGACAGAGGUUCUGGCCGGUGGACAGUCCAGCAGCAAAAAGAUCGCCGGCUUCCUUCUCAGCAAGAUGGACGCCGACGGAGACGGCGCGGUCCGCGGACUCGGUGUGAACAACACGCCGUCUAACUACACUGCCCGGAUGAACCUGUCGCAGAUCCUGGAGGCGCCUACGGGUCCGGGUUUCCUAACCGGUGCUAACCACCGCCAGGUUUCUCCAGGCCCGUCGGCGUACAGAUUUAUCAAGCCCGGAUACCUGUCCAAGAACGGUGCAGAACAGGUCGCGGAAGAGAGGAAUCAGGUGUCCAAGGAGCAGCAGCAUCAGCAUCAGGUGUUUCGGGGUCGUCCGCAGCAAGACCUUCAGCAUCACCAGCAACCUGUGCAUUUUAACAGCAACGUCAGCGGUAGCGACUUGUUCGAGAGACAAAGUCUAAACGCAGGUUCCCAGGACUUCCCCGGCGAAAUACACCUGACCUCUGAACUCUCCGGGAGUAUAAACGACUUGAACAGUCUGGACACGAAUAUGUUGUUCGAUCCGAGUCACCAGCAAGGCCAGUAUGAAGAAUCAACCCUGGAGGAACUAAAGGAUGACCCGAUUUUUCAACAGAUCUGCAGCGAGACUGCAAAUUCUGCCGGAUUCGAUUGGCUGGAGAACAAGGAUCAGGCCACGGUUGAAAUGUUAGGUUAAUUUGUACCUUAGUAUGAUUUCAUUUGUCCAUUUCUCGCUCUACAAAUCUGCCCAAGUGUUUAUUCGGCAACAACCUGCCGUCCUCAGAUCUAGACUGUGAUCACGGGCAAUGUUUUCUAACGUUACUAUGCACCCCUGUCCAGGUUAUGGUGCUAGGGUCUCGAUUCUCACCCCAAACUUGUAAAAAACAAAAAUAUAUAUAUUAUUCAGAUAC